AUGUACAUGCAGGUGGAGGUGCACACCGGCUCCUGCCUCCACCUGAAGAGGGCUCCGGGCAUCAGGUCCUGGGCGCUGCUGGUCGGAAUACUGUCGAUUGGCCUGGCUGCUGCCUACUACAGUGGAGAUGGGCCAGGCUGGAAGCUCUUCUACGUCACGGGCUGCCUGUUCGUGGCGGUGCAGAACCUGGAGGACUGGGAGGAAGCCGUCUUUGACAAGAGCACCGGGAAGGCUGUCCUGAAGACGCUGAGCCUGCACAGGAAGCUGCUGACUCUGUGCAGGGCAGGUCACGAACAAGUGGUGGUCCUGCUGAGUGACAUCCGAGACGUGAACGUGGAGGAGGAGAAGGUCCGCUACUUUGGGAAGGGCUACGUGGUAGUGCUGCGGUUUGCCACGGGCUUCUCACACCCCCUCACCCAGAGUGCGGCCAUGGGCCAGCGGAGUGACGUGGAGGCCGUUGCCAGGCUCAUCACCAGGUUUCUGGAGCUGCACCACCCGGAGAGUCCCGGGGACCCGUCUCAGAGCAGUGACAGUGACGCCGACAUGAGGGGCCGAAGCUGA